AUGAGGGUGCUAUGGGAGCUGCUGGUGCUGCAGUCGCUCAUGGUGUGCCUGGCAGAUGACAACAUGCCGCACGGGCCCGUAUUCCUUCAGGAGCCGACCAGUGUGAUCUUUCCCUUGGAUUCCGAGGAGAAGAAAGUGAAGUUGAACUGUGAAGUCAAAGGAAAUCCCAGACCAACCAUCGGGUGGAAGUUAAAUGGCACCGGUAUUGACAUCGGUAUGGAUUACCGCUACAGCGUGGUGGAAGGCAACCUGUUGAUCAAUAACCCCAAUAAAACCCAAGACACUGGAACGUACCAAUGUGUAGCAACAAACCCCUUCGGAACAAUCGUUAGCAGAGAAGCAAAGCUUCAGUUUGCCUAUCUUGAAAACUUCAAAACACGGACAAGAAGUACAGUGUCAGUCCGCCAAGGUCAGGGGAUGGUGCUGCUCUGUGGACCACCACCGCAUUCUGGAGAGCUCACCUACGCGUGGAUCUUCAACGAGUACCCGUCGUUCGUGCAGCAGGACCAGCGGCGCUUCGUCUCGCAGGACACCGGCAACCUCUACAUCGCCAAGGUGGAGGCGUCGGACGCAGGCAACUACACGUGCGUGGUGACCAACGCGGUGACCAACAGCCGCGCGCUGGGGCCGCCCACGCCGCUGCUGCUCAGGAACGACGGCGUGAUGGGAGAGUAUGAGCCAAAAAUAGAGGUGCAGUUCCCAGAAACGGUUCCCUCCGCGAAAGGAACAACAGUGAAGCUGGAGUGCUUUGCCUUGGGGAACCCAGUUCCGACCAUUAGCUGGAGGAGAGCAGAUGGGAAGCAAAUACCCCGAAAAGCCAGGAGACACAGAUCAAGUGGAGUCCUCGAAAUCCCCAAUUUUCAGCAGGAAGAUGCUGGACUCUAUGAGUGCAUAGCUGAAAAUGUGAGAGGGAAGAACGUGGCACGGGGACAGCUGACAUUUUAUG